GAGACCUCUCUCCUCCUGUCAUCACAUCUUUCCCCGAAACAACAAACGGACAAAAACAACAACAGCACCGAGCAGCAGAACCGGAGGAAUAACGGAAGGUUAACAAACAUUUCCGACCUCGGAGCUCAGUGUCAUCUUGUUCUUUCACACCGAGAGACGAUGGCGGAGCAGAACACGGAGGCCAAACUGAAGAACCUGCUGAAGCAGGAGAAGGUCCAGCUGUGGAACCCUCCGUACACCAACGACGACAACCAGCCGGGACGGCAGCACAUGCAGGAGCUGGCGGAGCGUUACGCCCCCCUGCUGUGUCUGCCGGGGUCGGAGGUCGGCGGCGCCCUGGAGACCAUCAGAGCGCAGAGCGUGAGGAGAGGAAACAGGAACAAGAAGUUCAGAGAAACGAACGUGGCGACGCUGGAGCUGCUGCUGCCCCGAGACAGCAAGAAGGAUCCAAAGAUGAAGAACUUCCUGGAGACGAGGCUGGAUGUGUUGGUUCAGGAGGUGGUGGACAGGAUCAGAGAGGACUACGACCUCAAAUACAUCAAACUGAUCCUGAACGGGAAAACUCUGUGUGCAGACCAGCGUCUGGACCAGCAGGGAGUGAAGAACCACAGUAAGAUGAUGGUGCUGAAGUUGAGCGACGCCGAGUUGAAGAAGCAGCUGAACGAGGAAGAAGAGAAGAGGAAGAACCAGAACGAGAGCAUCCAGAGGACCCAGAAAGGCUUCCAGAUCCUGUCAGAGAGAGACGGCAGCGAAGAUCCAGAUACGACUCCUUUCCUGGAGAUCGCCGACCAGAAGGGAAACCCGCUGAACAUCCCCCACGAGGAGAAGAAGGCUCUGAUCCUGGCGAUGGGUUUCCAUGAGAAAGGUCGAUCUCUGAUGAAGAGGAAGCAGUACGACAACGCGCUGUGUCACCUGCUGCAGGCCGACCAGCAGUUCAGUAAGUGUGGCUCGGCUCUGCUGGGCUCGGUGGAUAACUUCGGCGUGCUGCAGCUGGACAUCGUGUGGUGCUACAGGUCUCUGGAGGCGUUGUCGUGUCUGGACGACGGCAGGAGUCGACUGCAGAGAGCCGAGAGCUGCUUCCUACAGUGUUACGGACAACAGCAGCAGAGACUGCUCAUGAUCAAGGGUAACACAGGCAGAGAGGAGGUGUUGUUUCUCCGGCUGUAUCUCCUCCAGAGUCUCCUCUCCUACCUCGACGGGAACGACGCUCAGGCUCAGCAGCAACUGUCCAAAGUGGAGUCUCUGUACGGUCGUCUGUCUCUGGACUCAGACAAGAUGACUCACCUGAUGUCGUUGGGAUUCACCGAGAGAGAAGCUCGACUCGGACUCAGAGCCUGUCAGGGAGACCUGCAGGGGGCCGCCAACCACAUCAGCAACCAGAGACAGGAUCGAGAGGAGCUGAAGCAGAGGGAGAGGCAGAAGAGGAGGAGCAGGAUGGAGGCCAUCUCCACCCUGGCGGAGAUGGGAUACUCCAGGAGAGACGCCGCCAGAGCUCUGCACCACGCCAACGGAAACGUGGACAGAGCUUUUGAAAUCCUGCUGGACUCCCGUCAGACCGCUCAGGCCACCAAUAACAACACGGAGGGAACUGUCAGUCCAGAGAGGGUGCAGCAGUUGUUGUAUCUGGGUUUUGAUAGGGCGGCGUCCGAGGCGGCUCUCAGACGGACGGGUGGAGACGUCCAAUCAGCUACUCAGCUGCUGCUGGACGGUCAGGGCGCUCGCUCCCCAGAGCUGCUGUCCGCCUCCUCUCCCUCCACCUCCUCCUCCUCUUCCUCCCCUUCCUCCGAGGAGCCCAGCACCUCCUCCAACUCCACAGAGAACGAUGACGAGCUGGUGAACGAGGUGCUGGAGGACAUCUCCCGCCACGAGGAGGAUUACCUCGACCUGACGCUGGAGGAGGAGGCCGAGCUCAUCGCCACCAUGAAGACCUACCUGAGCCGAGGGCCCACACACACCGUGUGAUACACACACACACACACACACACACACACACACACACACACACACACACAGCGCUUCAUCUGUCCUCUGUUAACCAUUUAAAGCAAUAUAAUGUUAUUUUCUGCAUUCAUUUCAUUCAUAGAUACAAAACCUCACAGUGCCAAACAAAACACACACACACACACACACACACACACACACACACACACACACACACACUUCCUAUGAACCAACGGUGACAUCACUUCAGAAAUAAUGAGAUUUCCUGUUUAUCUCCACCUUCACAAUCAAAGGUUUCCGGUCGGUGGAAUAAAAAGUCUUUAUUUGUAAUUCAUCAGCAAUAAAUGAGCUGAAGAGAAAACUUGAUAUUAUGAUUUCAGACGACUUUUAUUUUAUUUUACUGAUGUUACAAAUGUUCUUCAGAUAAAUAUCAUUUAAAGUCUGUUUCUUCAGUUGAUAUAUAUAAAAAAAAAAAGCACUUUUCAGACGGAGUCGUCUUGUUCUUGUGAUGAAAUAGUUUUCUAAAGAAGAUGAUUGGAUAUGAGCAGCAGUUUGUUGACAUGUACAGUUCUUAUUUUUGAGAGAAACCAAAGGAAGAUGUUUUUUUUUAAAAAAGCUGCUCUGAACAGUUUCUUUUCUUUAUUAUUAUUAUUAUAAUAAACAAACUGUUUCCUGUUUGUGACGCAGCGGCAGCAGUUUGUCGUCUGGUUUGAAGUGACAUAACUUUAAUGUAAAUUGAUUACAUGUUAAUGUUGACUUCCUGUGUGAUUGUCUCAUGUUGACGGAGCCAAUAAAGAACAUGAAGGUUU